UUUACUCUUACGAAUAAAACGUAAUGACGAAAACGGAAGUAAACGCGAAAUUCCGAAACGAUGUGAUUUACCCAAAGCUUUCCAUCUCUGCAAAUUAAAACUCCACGCUUUGGACAAACAUAUCGAUCUUAGCUGACCAGCCCUGUCGUCAAUCCAACGUAUCAUGUCGAAGCAGACUCUUGGGAAGACCUUGCUAAGAAAUGUAAUCCGCCACACCGAUGCACACAACAAGAUCCAGGAGGAGACGGAGAUGUGGAAGAUGCGAGACCUGGAGGUCAAUCAUGUGAGCGCUACCAAGCCAAUCAGGGGUCACAUGCACUGUGAUCGAAUAUCCUAUCAGUCCAGAGUCUCCUCGGAUCACGACGACAGAGAGGCGCGGUACUGGUCACGGAAGCUCUAUGAGUUUGAGGACAACGAUCCAGACAGAUGGGGACACAGUGGCUUCAAGGAGCUUUAUCCUGAGGAGUUUGAGAGUGACAGUGACAAAAGCAGCACAACAAAGACUGGGCACCACAGAAGCGAAGCGUCCAAGUCAAAGCACUCCAAGAAGUCCUCCCAUAAGAAGAAGAAAAAGAGGAAGAAAGAGGCGCAGGAGGCAAAGCGCAGAAGGUCAGAGUGGUCGUCCGGCGAUCGCAGCAGCGAUGACAGCAACAUGGACAAAGAAAAGCGGAGGGAAACCAAAAGUCGACACAAGAAUAAGAAGAGAGACAAAACGAAGGACAGGAGGAACGAGGAUGGCGAUGACGAAGGACGGGGCAGACGGGCGCACGGUCACAAGAGGAAAAAUCAGGACUCUCACAAACGCUCUGACUCCAGCAAGAAGCGGAGGAAAGACUGGCGAGCCACGGGCGAGGAGAGCUCGGAGGAAAGUUCCGGAGAGUGAGGCGCACAAGCGCACCUUGCAGGAAAUAUUCUCACCUCAGGUCUUUUUAAACCAGCUGUUUUUUUUAAUGUACAUUGCCAUCAUUGGUGCACAAAAUAAACACUUUUUUAAGAAACGUGUAUUUAUGACAUUGUCCUUGGGUGUGAAUGUGUGGUGCCCCUUUAGGUUGAAGCGGAGAGCAAGGACAUCAGGAUAAAUACCCAUGGAGGUGACGGGACUUUUUCAAUGAG